UGCUCCCCCCCUGCCACACUGUGCAUGAUGGGUGCCUACAGGGUGCUACUCGCACUGCUGCUCUGCUCUCUGUACCAGGGAGCCCAUAACCUGACACCCAAUGAGAAGCUUGUGGCCCUUGCUGGACCCAUAACAAGCAGUGUAUUGGGGCCACUGAAUGAGGGAAAUGGAGACAUUGGGUGCCAUGAUGCCCUUUUGCAGAAGCUUAGAGACCGGCUGCCAACGCUGAGCCAAUAUGGCGCCACCCAUUAUAAGCUGAACCUACAGUGGGCUGCCCUGUUCCACAAGGGGUAUGAUCAGACAGGGCAAGUCCAGUGCUACCGGAACCUGCUCCAACUGCUGGUCAGUGAGAACAUGAAGCCGGUGGUCAUUCUGCAAGGAGAGCGCAGCAGUGGCCUCUUGCUUUCCGCUGCCAGUAGCCAAGCGGCCAGUGACUUGGCCAAUGAGUAUGUGGCCCAUGCUGACUUUGCCUUCAAUGUGUUCGGUGAUUUGGUUCAGACCUGGAUCACCUUUGAUGUUCCCACAGGACAGAGCGGGGAGGCAUCUCCUGGGGGCCUGAAGGCCCUGCUCCGUGCCCACCAGAGAACCCAUGACUUGUACAGGGGCAAAUACUCUUCCAAAGGUGGGAAACUGUCUGUUGCCAUGGAACCGGCCUUACUGGAGGCAUCUCUGUCCCUUCAGCCACGUCACCGGGAGUUUGUUGAUUUUGUUGCUCUGAAGAUAAACUACAGUUGCAAGAAUGGAAUCAGUUUGGAGAAACCUCAUUGGGAACAGAGUAUCUGGAAGGGGCUGCAGGUUCUGGUUUUCCAGUUGAAGCUCGGGGGCUGCGCUUCUCUAUCAGAUGAAAGUAGAUAUCUCCCGACCUACCAACUCGCUGCAGGUCUGAGCAGCGCCGGGGCAGUGUUUCUGGGGUACGACAUCAGCGCCUUCAUAGACUAUUCGCCCAUAACUAAGGAAAGGGUGGAACAAGGUGCAGAGAAGUCCCUCUUUGCCCCUCUAAUUGCCCCUCGUUCCUCCUACACUACAGUCUGGGACCGAUUUGCUAACCAGGCCCCGGCCGAGAGAGACUCCUUCCUGCAGGACGUGUUUCCCAGUGGGUUCUGGUGGGGCUCAUCCACUGCUGCUUUCAGAGUGGAAGGGGGUUGGGCAGAAGGGGGGAAAGGAGAAACCAUCUGGGACAGGUUUGGCCAUCAAAACCUGGCAGCACAGAAUGCCACCGCCAACGUGGCCUCCGACAGCUACCGGAAAACUGACUACGACGUCUAUCUUCUCAAGGGCCUGCAGUCCAACGUGUACAAGUUCUCCAUCGCCUGGUCCAGGAUCUUCCCAAAUGGGCUCAAAUCCGAGGGGAGUAGAAAGGGGGUGGAAUACUACAAUACAUUAAUUGACAGCUUAAGAGCCGCAGGGGUGGAACCAAUGGUUACUUUAUUCCACUGGGAUCUGCCCCAACCUCUGCAGGACCUUGGGGGCUGGACAAACGAGAACACGGUAGAUGCCUUUGUAGACUACGCCGAUUUCUGUUUCAGCCAUUUUGGAGACCGUGUCAAACUCUGGAUCACGUUUCAUGAGCCGUGGGUCGUCAGCUACGCUGGUUAUGGAACUGGGGAACAUGCCCCAGGGAUUAAGGACCCUGGAAAUGCUUCUUACAAGGUGGCCCACAACAUCAUCAAAGCUCACGCAAAAGCCUGGCAUUUGUACGACGGCCAAUACCGUGCCCAUCAACAGGGCAAAGUGGGAAUCUCUCUGAACUCAGACUGGGCGGAGCCAGCAUCCCCGGCCAAUCCUGCUGAUGUUGAGGCGGCUGAGCGAUACCUUCAGUUCAUGCUGGGCUGGUUUGCACACCCUAUACUGGUCGAUGGGGACUACCCAGCCGUUCUCAAAACCCAAAUACAGAAGAAGAACCAGCAGUGCCCUGGAACAGUCUCCCAGUUGCCCACCUUCACCGAGGUGGAAAAAUCCAGCAUCCAUGGAACUGCAGACUUCCUGGGAAUUUCCCAUUAUACCUCCAGGCUGGUCAAUGCAUCUGUUAGUGCAGCCUGUGUCUCCGGAUAUAACAACAUUGGGGACUUUGAACCCUACGUGGACCCUUCAUGGCCGGGGACCUCCUCACCGUGGAUCUCAGUGGUGCCUUGGGGUAUCAGGAGGCUGCUGAACUUUGUGAAAGAGGAGUAUGCAACAGGCAGUCUGCCAUUAUACAUCACGGGGAAUGGGAUGCCGACGGCACACAAUGUAGAGAUGUACAAUGAUCCAACCAGAGUGGACUAUUUAAAGGCCUACAUUAACGAGGUCCUGAAAGCUGUCAAGACUGAUAAUGUGCCAGUUGGAGCUUAUAUAGUCCGUUCCCUCCUGGAUGGAUUUGAAGGCCCCCAAGGUUACAGCCAGAGGUUUGGGUUACACCACGUGGAUUUUGAGAACGGCAACAGGCAGAGGACCCCCAAAGAAUCAGCUUAUUUCUUCCACAGAAUCAUUGAAAAUAACGGCUUCCCCGUGACGAAGAAGACCAACGUGCCACCGAAUUCAAGAUGGCCGUUAGCAAAGAAGUUACCUGCUCUGCCUUCUUCUGAGGUUCCUUCAAAGGCCCAAGUCGUAUGGGAAACAUUCUCAGGGCAAACUGAUUUUGAAAGGGAUAUGUAUUUCUAUGGCACCUUUCCAAGCGACUUCCACUGGGGGGUUUCAACCUCGGCCUAUCAGAUAGAAGGUGGGUGGAACGCUGAUGGGAAGGGGCCGAGUACAUGGGACACCUACACGCAUAUUCCUGGGAAUAUUUAUAAUAAUGACAAUGGGGACGUUGCCUGUGACAGCUAUAACCAAGCAGACGCAGACGUGUACAUGCUCAGGGCCUUGGGAGUGACCAGCUAUAGGUUCUCCUUGUCUUGGUCUCGGAUCUUCCCAACUGGCACCGGCACCCCCAAUGCAAAAGGGGUGGAUUAUUACAACGGACUUAUCAACAAACUUGUAGAAAACCACAUUGCCCCGAUGGUGACACUUUACCACUUUGACCUUCCCCAGGCUCUUCAGGAUAUAGGUGGUUGGGAGAGCGAUGCCGUGCUUGACGCAUUUCACAGCUAUGCCGACUAUUGCUUUAAGACCUUUGGAGACCGGGUCAAGUUCUGGAUGACGUUUAACCAACCCCACACUAUUGUGACAGCUGGGUAUGGCCUGGGGUUGAUACCACCUGGACUGAAAGACGACCCAGGAUCUGCUCCUUAUAGAGUAGCCCAUAAUCUUUUGAAAGUCCAUGCCAGGGUUUACCAUACCUACGACCAACAGUAUCGGGCUAGUCAAGGUGGCGUUAUCUCUAUAAGUCUCAACACAGAAUGGGCAGAACCCAAAAACCCCAAAGACCCAAGAGACGUGACAGCAGCUGACAGAUACUUACAGUUUUCACUCGGUUGGUUUGCCCACCCCAUAUUCAAAAAUGGUGACUACCCAGAUGCCAUGAAGUGGCAAGUGGCCAACAAAAGUGACUUACAGAACCUAAAAUCUUCCAGGCUGCCAAGCUUCACGGAGGAGGAGAAGGCCUACAUCCAAGGAACGGCUGAUGUCUUCUGCAUUAACAUCUACACUACGAAAAUAGUUCAAUAUAAAACAAUCUCCCUGAACCCUCCUUCUUUUGAAAGAGACAGGGAUACGGUGGAAGAGGUCAACCCACAGUGGCCAACAAUACCCUUCAUAAACAGCAGAGCAGUGGCAUGGGGGUUACGCCGGCUUCUUAACUGGGUGAAGGAGGAGUAUGGGAACGUUCCCACCUAUGUCACGGAGAAUGGAGAUGCAACAGACGACGUCCCACCAGAUUAUGAUGACACCGCACGGAUCUUCUACUACAAAACCUACAUUGAUGAGGCCUUGAAAGCUUACAGCUUGGAUGGUGUAAACCUAAAAGGCUAUGCCCCGUGGUCUCUCAUGGACUCAUUUGAAUGGAAAUCAGGAUACAGAGUGAGGUUCGGCCUGCACUACGUGGACUUCAAAAACCCAAGCCGCCCAAGGACAGCAAAGCACUCUGCCAUCUACUACUCUCAAGUCAUACGCAAGAACGGGAUCCCACAGGGCAGGGAGGAUGAGUUCUUCUAUGGGGAGUUCCCCAAGGACUUUGCAUGGAGUGUGGCCUCUGCAGCCUUCCAGAUUGAAGGGGGCUGGAGAGCAGAUGGGAAAGGUCUGAGCAUCUGGGACCAGUUUACACACUCGCCAUCCAGAAUCGAAGACGACAGCAAUGGGGACGUGGCCUGCAAUAGCUACAACAUGAUGGAGAGGGACGUGGAGAUGCUGAGGAACCUCAAAGUCUCCCAUUACCGAUUUUCAAUAUCGUGGCCAAGAGUCCUUCCAGACGGGACCGUGAAGUCUUUCAAUCAAGCCGGUCUGGAUUAUUACAUCCGCCUGAUAGAUGCUCUUCUGGCUGCCAAUAUAGAACCCCAGGUAACUUUGUAUCACUGGGAUCUUCCACAAGAGCUACAGAACAUGGGCGGUUGGGAAAAUGAGACCAUGGUGCAAUGGUUUAAAGAGUACGCAGACUUGAUAUUCCAAAAACUGGGAGACAAGGUGAAGAUGUGGAUAACGUUCAAUGAACCGUACAUUAUUGCCCUCCUUGGCUACGGCUAUGGCAACUUUGCCCCAGGUGUUAAUGUAAGAAUUGGGACCGCCCCCUACGUGGUGGGACACAACAUUAUCAAGGCCCACGCAGAGGCGUGGCAUCUGUACAAUGAUAAGUACAGGGCGGCACAAGGGGGCCUCAUCUCCAUUACUGUCAACUCCGAUUGGGCAGAGCCAAGGAACCCCUACAAGCAGGAGGAUGUGGAGGCUGCUAGAAGAUACUUGUCGUUUUUUUGCGGUUGGUUCGCUGAUCCCAUUUUCCAUGGAGACUACAACGAAGUCAUGAAGACGAGGAUCCUGGAGAGGAGUUUGGGUCAGGGGCUGACUACAUCCCGACUCCCAGAAUUCACGGAGAGCGAGAAGCAAAGAAUUAAGGGAACUCAUGAUUUCUUUGGGCUCAAUCAUUACACCACGGUGCUGGCAGCGCCCCUGGACUUCCCAGAAGGAGACCCGACGUAUGACGCAGACAGAGGUACCGCUGUGAUGAGUGAUCGGACCUGGCUCGGUUCCGGCUCUAACUGGCUGAGGGUCACCCCGUUUGGCCUAAGGAGGCUGCUCAACUGGAUAAAGGAAACGUACAACAACCCCCCCAUUUAUGUGACAGAAAACGGGAUUUCGGAACGCGGGACCAAUCUGAAGGACGUAUGGAGGGAACAUUAUUAUAAAUAUUAUAUCAAUGAGGCGCUGAAAGCUGUCAAAUACGAUGGAGCCGACCUCAGGGGUUACGCAGCCUGGAGCCUGAUGGAUAACUUCGAGUGGGCAGCAGGAUACACGGAAAGGUUCGGACUGUAUUACGUCAACUUCACGGACCCCGGGGUCCCGCGUAUCCCUAAGGAUUCUGUAAAGUACUACAGAUCUAUCAUUCAGUGCAAUGGUUUCCCAGACCCCAAAGAUGGCACCCCCCCUUGUCUUCAGCCUGAACCCGAAGGCACAGCUAAAACAACUGACCAAUCACACGUCACUACUGCCCAACCAAUACAAGGAGAUGAAGGAACGGUUUCCUUCCUGGGACUGGGAAUCUCCGCUGCGGACGCUCAGAUCGCUCUGUACGUGGAAUUCGCGCUCAUGAUCGCUGGGGUUCUAGGGAUUAUACUAUUUGGUGUUUUAUACAGCAAGUUGGCCAAAAAAUUUAAAAAGUCAGUAACAUCAUUUUGAUUGGCUGCACUUUCUGGGAAACUGUCGAACAGUUCUGGCGACUCUCAGGGGCUUUUAUUGCUUAAUCCAGGCAAAUAAAUGUUUAUAUAUUAUUAUUGGUUUGGAGUUGUCGGUUAAAACACGGUAUUUUGGUGAUAUCAACGGAAUAUUAACCCACGCUGCCCCCCUGGAUCUAUAAAGAAACAUUUUACUUAACUUUGCCUUUAAAGCGACUGUAUAUUUUGAGAUGUAUAUUUCCAUUUAUAUAAAAAGCUUUGUUUACAGA